AUGAGCUCCCUCACACGCCAAAUGGAGAACCCCACGGGGGUGGUGCACCGCUUCAUGCAGAGCCAUCAGCGUGUGUGCGUGUGGCUGGUGCACGAUUCGCAUACGCGCCUGGAGGGAAACCUGCUCGGCUACGACGAGUUUAUGAAUGUCGUGCUGGGUGACACGACCGAGACAAACCUACGAAACGACAAGAGAUACAAUCUUGGCAAGAUCUUGCUACGUAGCGACAACGUGGGCGUGAUCCACCCCAUCGGUGUUUAA